AUGCCAUCUCAUCUCGUGGCAAUAUCCACAGACGUGGGCGAGGAGGCAAGCGUAGCUGUUGGCAAGGGAAAUAGAAAAGAUCGUGGUGCCCAUUCAUAUGGCUUAGAUAUAGGGAGAAAUCCAUCCACGAUCAGCAAAAAUGCAUCGCGGAAUAUGGAGAAAGGGAAGACAAGUCAUGUGCCUAGAAAUGUUGAAGGCGCUUGUCACAGAUAUGGCGCAAAGGGACAUUGGGCGUGUACAUGCCAUACAUUGAAGCAUUUGGCAAAUCUUUAUCAAUAUUCACUUAAGGAUAGGAAAGUGGAGACAAAUUAUAUUGAUCAUGCUAUACCAUAUUCACCUGCCACAAAUGGCCCAUUAGAAAUAUCAGGCUAG